CACCUCUCCCUCCUCAUAAAUGCAAUUUCAACCUCUCAAUACGCUCUGCAUUAACUCCUUUCUUUUCACAUCUUCUCCACCUCUUCCUCUUCUUCUCCCUUCUUUUUUCUCUACAAUUCUUCAUCUCUCAUCUUCAUUACAGUAUUUCUGUCAACCCUAUUAUUAAAUCCCGCUUACCAAACACUCCCCUAACCACACAAUUUUAUAGCCCACUAGCUCACUCUAAUUAAACCCUUGUUUUUUUACCUUUGCAUACUGUUCUAUUCUACUAUGAAAGGUUUUGGAUCAGUUCUACGUGUUCAAGAUUGAAUAAAAGAGGGACAAAAACCAAGUUUGGAUCAAGAUUUUGUAUUGCUGCAUUGUAAAAAAUGUUUCAACCAAACAUGUUUGAGAGUCACCAUAUGUUUGAUAUGAUCACACCGAAGAGCUCCGAAACUGAUUUGGGAAAGCUUAAAGAUGAUGAUUAUGACCAUGAGACCAAGUCAGGCACUGAGACCACUGAAGCUCCUUCCGGAGACGAUCAAGACCCUAACCAACGCCCGAAAAAGAAGCGUUAUCAUCGCCAUACACAGCGACAAAUUCAAGAAAUGGAAGCUUUCUUUAAGGAAUGCCCUCACCCUGAUGAUAAGCAAAGAAAAGAGCUGAGUCGUGAGUUGAGUUUAGAGCCAUUGCAAAUCAAAUUUUGGUUCCAGAACAAGCGCACACAAAUGAAGGCUCAACAUGAAAGACAAGAUAAUUCCAUUCUAAAGGCUGAAAAUGAAAAACUUCGAGUUGAAAAUAAUAGGUAUAAGGAAGCUUUAAGUAACGCCUCAUGCCCUAACUGCGGUGGACCAGCAGCUCUCGGUGAAAUGUCCUUCGAUGAGCAACAUCUGAGGAUAGAAAAUGCUCGAUUAAGAGAGGAGAUUGAUAGGAUAUCAGGAAUUGCUGCUAAAUAUGUUGGCAAGCCAAUAUCUACACUAUCUCAUCUUUCAUCUCAUUUACCUCGAUCUCUCGAUCUCGGAGUUGGCAAUUUCGGAGCUCAAUCAGGCUAUGUGGGAGAAAUGUACGGUGCCUCCGACCUUCUAAGAUCAAUCACUGGACCAACUGAGUCAGAAAAGCCAAUGAUAGUUGAACUAGCAGUAGCAGCAAUGGAAGAAUUAAUGAGAAUGGCUCAGGCAGGAGACCCCUUAUGGUUCUCCGUAGAGAAUGGUACUCGUGAGGACCUUAAUGAGGAAGAAUAUUUCAGAGCUUUUCCUCGAGGGAUCGGGCCGCGACCAUUGGGAUUAAGAUCAGAAGCUUCAAGAGAAUCUGCUGUUGUUAUUAUGAAUCAUGUUAGUCUUGUGGAGAUUCUAAUGGAUGUGAAUCAAUGGUCAACUGUGUUUUGUGGAAUUGUAUCAAGAGCAAUGACACUAGAAAUCCUAUCAACUGGAGUAGCUGGGAACUAUAAUGGAGCCUUACAAGUGAUGACAGCUGAGUUUCAAGUCCCAUCUCCACUGGUUCCGACCCGUGAAAGUUACUUUGUGAGGUAUUGUAAGCAGCAUGUUGAUGGAAGCUGGGCAGUGGUUGAUGUUUCUUUGGACAAUUUACGCCCUAGUCCGAUCUCUAGGAGUAGAAGAAGGCCAUCAGGUUGUGUAAUUCAAGAAUUGCCAAAUGGUUACUCAAAGGUGACCUGGGUGGAGCACAUUGAAGUGGAUGAUAGAUCAGUUCACAACAUAUACAGACCGUUAGUUUAUUCCGGUCUAGCUUUCGGAGCAAAGCGUUGGGUUGCUAUACUAGAUCGGCAAUGCGAGCGUAUAGCAAGCUCUAUGGCAAUCAACAUUCCUGCUGGAGAUUUAUGUGUGAUUACAAGUGCAGAAGGGAGGAAGAGUAUGUUGAAGCUAGCUGAAAGAAUGGGGAUGAGCUUUUGCUCUGGUGUGGGUGCUUCUAAUGCACACGCCUGGACUACAUUAUCUGCAACUGGUUCUGAUGAUGUUAGGGUGAUGACUAGAAAGAGUAUGGAUGAUCCCGGCAGACCUCCUGGGAUUGUGCUUAGCGCAGCAACUUCUUUCUGGCUACCGGUACCUCCUAAGCGAGUGUUCGAGUUCCUCAGCGAUGAGAACCAUCGAAGUGAGUGGGAUAUCCUUUCAAAUGGAGGUCAAGUUCAAGAAAUGGCUCACAUUGCUAACGGACGAGAUCCAGGGAACUGCGUUUCUUUACUCCGAGUCAAUAGUGCAAAUUCAAGCCAAAGCAACAUGCUGAUACUACAAGAAAGCUGCACAGACUCAACAGGCUCAUAUGUAAUCUAUGCACCAGUUGACAUUGCUGCCAUGAAUGUAGUACUAAGUGGUGGAGACCCGGAUUAUGUUGCUCUGCUUCCGUCAGGUUUCGCUAUUCUUCCCGACGGACCGCCUGGAUUUAGCCCACCUGGACUCAUUCUUGAAGUUGGCUCCGGCGGUGCUCUACUCACUGUUGCAUUUCAGAUCCUGGUUGAUUCUGUUCCGACUGCGAAACUCUCUCUUGGAUCUGUUGCAACUGUGAACAAUUUGAUUAAGUGCACAGUUGAAAGGAUUAAAGCUGCAGUUACAUGCGAGAGAUCGCAUGAUUGAAAAGCCUUAGUUAAGGAGGAAAUGAAAAGGAAGGGAAAAAUCAUGCUAAAGAAAGAAAAACUUUAAUUAUAGAAAGAAGUCAAGAACGCACCUUACAAUGGUUAUAGGUUCGGGCAUUGACUUUGGCUAUACUUAAAGAAGACUUGAAAUCCGAAGCUUUAUUAAUAUUUCCCUUCUUGUAUUAAUUAAUUAAUUAGUGAAUUAGUUUAGGAUUAGGGUUUUUAAUUAGGGCUCUAGAAGCUGCCUAAUUAUCUAAUAUUUAGCUGCUUUAAUCUAUCUUCUGUAACACAUUUUAAAAGAAAUGCAAUUAGUACGUAGACUUCUUAAUUACUAAA